AUGCAGGUGAAAAACAAGGCCAAACUCAAGGACAAGAAUGUCGUCGUGACGUUGAUCCCCGAGGACUCAGAAGACUUGUGGUACUUGUUCAAUCUCGUGAAAAAGGGCGACACGGUGCAGCUCCUCACUCAUCGCAACGUGAAAAAGGGCAAUCAGAACCAAAUCACCAAGGGCAAAGCCAAGAUGGAGAAGAUCCUCGUGAAGCUCCGGUUGCUAGUUGAAGAAAUCGACUAUAUUGCGAGCGACUCCGCCAUGCGAAUCAAUGGCAAAUCCCUUCUUCAACAAGAAUUCGUGCCUUUGAACAGUUACCAUACCGCUGAAGUCGAGCUCAAUAAGGAAAUAUCCAUCGUGAAGGAGAACUGGGACGAAUAUGACAUGACGUUGCUCAAUGACUUGUGCUCGAUUGAAAAGAAGGCCGAUAUAGGCGCGGUGGUGCUCCAAGAAGGCGUGGCGCAUGUUUGUUACGUUACGGAGCAAAUGACGGUGUUGCAAACCAAGAUUGAGAAACUGAUACCUCGCAAAAAUAAGGAAUAUGGAACUCGAGAUUUGGAGAAAGCCAUGACUUCGUUUUUCAACAUGAUCAUCCAGGCUAUUCUCCGCCACUUUGACUUUGACAAGUUGAAAGUGGUGAUCUUGGCGAGCCCCGGUUUCUUAGCACGGACAUUGUACGAUCGACUAAUUCAAGAAUGCACCAAUUUACAAAACAGCACGGGAAGUUCAAAAGAGACAAAAAAGUUUCAGCUGGUUAUAGCUAAUAAAAAUAAGAUCCUCGUGGCGCAUUCGUCAACUGGCUAUUUACAAGGCUUAGAAGAAGUGCUAAGUGAUCCGCAACUGCAAAAGAAGCUUGCAGAUACAAAGUUUUUGGAGGAAUCGGAGGUGUUGCUGAAGUUCCAGCGCGCGUUGAAUGAAGAUGAUGGACGCGCGUGGUAUGGCUUGGACGAAAUCCAAAAGGCAUUGCAGAUGGACGCGAUUCGAUUCCUUAUGAUUUCAGAUGCUCUUUUCCAGAAUGAUGACAUUGACAUCCGGAGAAUGUACAUUGACUUGUGUGAGACUGCCAAGCUGAUGGGUGCAAAAGUUUACAUUUUUUCAAGUUUGCACGAGCUGGGGAUCCAAUUGAACCAAUUGACAGGUGUCGCUGCGUUGUUGAAGUAUCCCGUUCCCGACUUGGACGAUUCAGAUGAAGAAUGA